ACAACGUGAGCAAUAUUUACACAAACACACCGGCACACCACCACACCACCACACCACCACAUCACCACAACGCGGUCUCGCCAAGAUAGCCUGCCUUCAAGACAGACAUGGCUUGGAGAACUGCUAACGGAGCUGCUUCGCCCGGCCGGCUCGGUCUCGUGUGGCUACUGUGCCUGCUCUGGCACGGCCUCCUGGCCAGCGCGGCCACCGUGACGUACGACUUCAACAUCACCUGGCUCACGGCAAACCCGGACGGCAUGGCCGACCGGCCAACCAUCGGCAUCAACGGCCAGUGGCCGAUCCCCACCAUCCGCGUGAACGUUGGCGACCGCCUCGUCGUCAACGUGCUCAACUCGCUGGGCAACGAGUCGGCCUCGCUUCACUUCCACGGCCUCUUCAUGCGCAAUGCCACCCACAUGGACGGGCCCGCCGGCGUCACCCAAUGCCCCAUCCCGCCCGGGUCAAGAUUUACAUACAACUUCACCGUCGAUCAACCGGGCACCUACUGGUACCACUCGCACAUCCGCGGUCAGUAUCCCGACGGCCUGCGCGGCCCGCUGAUCGUCCACGACCCGGACUCGCCCUUCCGCGACAAGUACGACGAGGAGCUCGUCAUGACCGUCUCCGAUUGGUACCACGACCCGAUGCCCGGCCUGUUGAGCCAGUUUCUGAACAAGGCCAAUCCAACCGGCGCCGAGCCCGUGCCCAACUCGGCCCUGCUCAACGACACCCAGAACUUGACCGUGUCCGUCCAGCCUGGCAAGACAUAUCUCUUCCGCAUGAUCAACAUUGGCGCCUUUGCCGGGCAGUACGUCUGGUUCGAGGGCCACAACAUGACCAUUCUCGAGGUCGACGGCGUUUACACCCACCCGGCCGAGGCGAGCAUGAUCUACCUCGCCGCCGCCCAGCGCUGCAGCUUCCUCAUCACAGCGAAGAACGAUACCUCGGAGAACUUUCCCAUUGUUGCCAGCAUGGAUACCGACCUGUUCGACAAAAUACCGGACGGCCUGAACUGGAACGUCACCGGUUGGCUUGUCUACGACUCUGCCAAGCCGCUCCCAGAUCCCGCCGUCGUGUACGAUGCCUUCGAACCGUUUGAUGACAUCGGCCUCGUGCCGUGGGACAACCAAACGCUGCUCGGAGAGCCCGACCAGACCAUCACCCUGGACGUGAUCAUGGACAACCUGGGCGACGGCGCGAACUACGCCUUCUUCAACGACAUCACCUACGUCUCGCCCAAGGUGCCAACGCUCUACACGGCGCUCAGCGCCGGCGACCUGGCCACCAACUCGGCCGUGUACGGCACCUACACGCACCCGCUCGUGCUCGAGAAGGACCAGGUCGUCGAGAUCCUGAUCAACAACCUGGACUCGGGCAAGCACCCCUUCCACCUGCACGGCCACGAGUUCCAGGUCAUCUGGCGCUCGGACGACGAUGCCGGCACCUUCGCCGACUCGAACGUCACCGCCGACGCCUUCCCCGCCAUCCCCAUGAAGCGCGACACCGUCGUCGUGCGUCCCAACGGCAACAUGGUGCUGCGGUUCAAGUCGAACAAUCCAGGCAUCUGGCUCUUCCACUGCCACAUCGAAUGGCACGUUGCAUCCGGCCUGAUGGCCACCAUCGUCGAGGCGCCGCUGGACCUUCAGAAGACGAUCGCGCUGCCGAGCGACCACCUCGCCGCGUGCGCCGCCGCCGGCGUCCCCACCGCCGGCAACGCCGCCGGCAACACCGUCAACUUCCUGGACUUGACGGGCCAGAACGCCCCGCCCCCGCCGCUGCCUGCUGGAUUCACACCCCGCGGCAUCGUCGCCCUCGUGUUCAGCUGUGUGAGCGGCAUCCUCGGCGUGGCUGUCGUCUCGUGGUACGGGUUUGCCGGGCAGGCCGGUGGCCAGGGGGCGGCGCCAGCGGUGCUGGCCCGGCAGGGCGAGAAGCAGCAGCAGCAGCUUGGUGGUGAUGGUCAGGGGACGGUCGGCGCGGCGGGGUCGGGGUCGGGCGCCGACGCCGGCGUGGGCCAGGCCGCGGGUGGGCGUCGCAGUGGUGAGGCUAAUUGAUGGGGCGAGGUAAUGCUACUGGAUAUGGCAUGAUCCAUGCCGGUUGUGUAGACCUUUGGUCUCCCCUCUGCCUGGCGCAAGACACGCCUUUCCCUGUCUAGGUGUAGGGAAGGGAGGAAAAUAGGUGUUGUGGCUCGCGCGGCGUUAUCUGCUGCGCGUGUCGGAUCUACAGGUUGGCUGCUGCGAUUUCAGAGCUCAAAAGGCAUCAGCACCUAGGUAUAGUACCAUUACACACAGAGUUCCUAGGAAGUUAAUAUGCCAUUACCCGGCGAGGUACCCAGGCUCAGAUCAGCUGGUCCGCGUUGUAUUGAGGACCUAUAACUCUAGCCUUCACUAGAAGUAGGCAAGGCAACACCCCGACGCGCUCCAGUAGCUCAGCAUCGCGCCUUUCAAGACGCCCAAACGGAGCUUUGAUUUGCCUAGGCGGUUGAUUGAAUAUGGGCCUGAAACGGCUGUAGUAUGAGCUAUUUCACGCCGGUCUUCGUUCGCUCAUUGUUGGCGAAAUAGUUGCUGUAGUUACCGACCUUGGCCGAUCUCGACCGGGUCAGGGGUAAC